AUGCGGAUGAUGAAAACAUCUGGAGGAAUGACGCAUGGUCGGGGUAUCACAGACAGUACUUUAACUAAGUGGGUCCAUGCACUACCUCGCUGUGUUCCUAUUUGUGAUGCAUUGGAGCAGUUUACAGGGGUGCACACUGCUACCUCAGAGCAACAUAAAGACCUGCGCUCAAGCACCCAGUCAAGGGACAACAGGGAUCAUGUCAUCGUUGUGCAGUGGCUGAAGGCACACCCACCAUUUGCUGGAUAUGAACCAAAUCGUCUGGUGUCCCUUUCAACUGGAAUUGUUGCAGAUGCAUCUGUAAACUGUGACAAUGCAAUAGAAAUUGUUCGUGCAGCAGCAUCACAAAUGGAUGGUCAAAAGUUCACAGACAUCAAGCUGCACAGAAAUGACAAAGUGACGACUAUUGGUGAAAAGUGUAAGACCAUCAAAGUCAGGGGACAAAAUGCAGUAGUCAAUCCAAGUGUGUUAUUCAACAGAAUCACAUGUGUUCUGAAUAACAGUUCCGAGAUGGCAGCAUUCUUGGCUUAUGAACUUGCUCCUCAGCCACCUUCCCUUUUCAAAGAUGGUGCGAUGCGGAAACCAGUAAAGAGUGCCCUGGGAGUCAUAUUGAAAUCAUUCACCACCCAGCAAUGCAACAGGUGGACCAAUCUAGAGAACAAGUCCGUUGCAGAAUGUGAGCUGGUGAUGAGAUGUCACCCGACAACAGUUUUAGAUUUAUUUUUAAUAUAA